CAACGAUGUACGUGGUACCGUCAGUGCAAUAACCGAAGCAAGACAAGCUUCACACAAUCAUGUCUGAGGCGGUGGAAGGAGCGCCUUCAUCAGGUCGUAUGUGGACCAUCGUGGGUCAAGGAGGCUUGCAAAUCGACCUCGACCUCGAUACGAUAGGGAACGAAGAUGUCGUGGACGUCUUACCUGAUCUCUUGACUGACUACGCUGCGGAAUUGAAGGACUGGACGAAAAUGGCAAGCGAGCAUUGGAGACAAGGGAGAAUUCGCAAAGCUCAGGAUCUCCUUGAAAGAGGUAUACUGUUCUUCAAAGGUGGCCAUGGACGUCCUUCUGAUCCGUUUGCUUUGCUCAAUCUUCACUCCAUGAUGGCUCAUUUGCAUCUGUCCAUGGCGAGGACUGCUCCGAAGAUGGCGUUCCAGUAUGCCAAAUACGACAAAGUCGACCCAAAGACUCCCACGAAGGAGUGGCACUUCAAGGAGGCGGCCGCAAAUCUCAACAGCGCAGACUCGGCACUUCAUGCCUCGGGAGAGAGUUUAGACAAUGCACCGUCUUCCCUGGCCAUGGGCAAGAUCCUUCUCUACCUCGGUCGUAAUGAGCCCAAGACUGCAGCUGUGAUGGUCGAGCGUCUGCUCUCCCGCCAACCAAACAAUGUCCUUGCUCUCCUGGUACAGGCUCGACUUCAGUUCUCUCGGAGAGCAUAUGAGAGUGCUUUCCAGACUUAUACCAAGUUGAUCACAUAUCACCCCAACAUGUUACCGGAUCCCCGGAUAGGCUUGGGACUGUGUGCUUGGAGUCUAGGUGUGAAGGAUCGAGCUCGAGCGGCCUGGAAUAGAGCUCUGCAGAGGGACCCCCAAUCAUGGGUCGCUCUGCUCCUUCUCGGUUUAGCAUCGCUUAAUGCAGCUCGCGAACCGUCCAAAUCACAAGAAGAAAAGCUUCAACUCGAGACGGAAGGCGUAGGAUACGUUCAACGAGCAUUCAAGCUCAAUAACAAGUCACCAGCUGCAGCGCUCGCUUUGGCCACAGUCUCGGGUCAGGGUGGACAAUUACCCCUAGCCUCAAAGCUGGCAGAACGGGCAAUCCAAUACUUUGACAUUAAGCGUCAGACAGCGUUGGCGUUCGCCGAGCGUGGUCGAUUGGGAUUCAUGGCUGGAGACGUGAUUGAUGCUGGACCUUUCCUCGCGGCAGCGAAGAAUGAAGAGGCUGGAUUAAACACGAUGGCGGAGCUCACUCUGGGUCAAAUAGCCAUUAAAAACGGGAAUUUGCGAGAAGCCCUAAACUUUAUCGAACAGACUGCCAAGCGGAUAAAUGGACCUGGUCCAUUGGAGUACUCUGUCUUACACGCUUCGCUUCUUGCCUACCCGCAUCCCGGUAUGAAAGACGAUGAGAUUGCUCGGAAUCGACAUCUGGCGCGAAACAUGUUAUCAGAUAUACACCAGUCGGUCACUACCGCGACGACCGACGAAGACUGGGCCAGACUUCGAGGAAUCGGUGGGGAUGUCGAUCUGUUCCUUGAUCUGGCUAGAUUAUGGCAGGAUGAAUCGCUGGAGAAGGCCACGGAGGCUUACCAAACAGCGGUAUCGAUCGCUUCGGACCAGUCAUCUAGAGAUGCUUCACUGGACCUGAAAGCGCUUAGAUCAGCUUCGAAUUUGGGAGCACUGUUCCACCUUCAGGGCAACACUGAGAGCGCGGAGAAGAUGUACGAGGAGACCUUGAGCAAGAUCCCGGAGAAUGAAGGGACGGAAUACGAGUAUCUGCGGACGGUUUUGGCCUAUAACAUUGCGAGAGCGUUCGAGGAGAAAGGAGAAAUCACGUUGGCUUCUCAGUGGUAUCGACAGAUCCUGGCCAAGCAUCCAGAGCAUAUUGAAUCUAAACUCCGACUGGCCAUGAUUGCCUCGUCAGCAGGUCGAAUGAUUGACGCUCAAAUUCUCGUCAAGGAAUGUCUCCAAGCGGAGGAGUCGAAUCUGACAGUCAGAUCAGUCUAUACCAAUCUCUUGAUCUCCAGCGGAAACUAUCGUGAAGCUUUAAGCUUUGCAUCGCAAACACUGAACUAUGAUCGAUCGGACCCUGCAACUUUUUGUUCUCUUGGAUGGAUCCAUUAUACUCUCGGACGUGAAGCCAAAGCACCUGCUGAAGUUGCUGGACGACCGAAACAAUGGUUGAGAUCUGCAGAGGCGUAUCAGCGAGCUCUGGACCUGGAUCCCAAUUGCGCUACGGCAGCGCAAGGUCUGGCCAUCGCAUUGACGGAGGACUCCCUCUUGUUGAAGAGCGCGAAUCCUCCACUAGAGGGUCACCGCGUCAAACUUGCCGGACAGGCUUUGGGAGUGUUCAGCAGGAUAGCGGAUAGUAUAACGGAUGGGAGUGUCAACGUCAAUAUGGGGCAUUGUUACUUCACCCGGGGCGAUGAAGAAAAGGCCAUUCAACAGUACGAAGCUGCGCUGAACGCGUGGAAGGGCAACCGAGUUCCGAUACUGUUGUAUCUCUCCCAAGCUUGGUACGGAUACGCUACGAAGAAUGCCAACUUUUCAGCCAUGUCUAAAGCUUUAUCCUAUUCUCAACAGGCCAUGCACGUUCUUCCCUCUGACCGAGCGAUCCUAUACAACAUCGCAAUGAUAUUGCAAAAGGGUGCCGAACUCCUGCAGAAUCUGGACCCCAGCAAGCGAACUUUGGAAGAGCUACACGUGUCGACGAAACAGGCAGAACAGGCCGCAACGAUCUUCCGCUCGUUAGCCGAUGACCAGUCCAAAGCCUUGCCGUACGACCGGACGCUUGCCGAGCAACGAGCGCUGUAUGGUGAAAGUUUGCUCCGAAAAGCGCCGGAACAGAUUGCUCGACAAGAGGCAUACGAGGGAGAGUUCCAAGCGAGAGUCGAAGAAGCUAGGAAAGCUAGAGCCGAAGAACAAGCUCGAAUUCAGGCAGCCGAGGCGCAACGUCGUCAAGAGAUUGAAGCCAAGGCGGCCGAGUUGGCAGAGACUCGACGUCGAGCACGUGAAGAAGCUUUAGCAUGGCAGGAAGAAUUGAAUGCGCGUCAAGCGGAAGAAGAGACUCGAAAGGCUGCAGUUGCGGAGAAGAAAAAGGCUCGAAAGGAAGCUGGAGAUAUUGAUUCUGCCGAUGAAGGCGUUGAACCGGGGAUGAAGCGAGAGAGGAAAAAGAGGAAAAAGAGUACGAAACAAUCUCGAAAGAUUAGGAGCAAGAGUGAGAUUUCGACGGAUGAGGAUCAGCGUGCGAGAUUGGACAGGGAUGAUAGUGAGAGAGAGGGCAGUCUGACGCCUAAUGAAGGGGCGGCAGACGAGAAGGAGGAUGAAGAAGUCGCUCAGAAGAGAAGGGCGAGGGAUCAGUUGGCCAAGUUGAAGGCAAAGCGGAAGAGCGUCAAGAAGCACGAAGAUCCUGAUGAAGAAGAUGGAGGCGGGGCAACGGCCACCAGAAAAGGUGGGAAGCAAUUCAAAUCCAAAGCAUUCAUUGAGGACUCUGAUGAGGAUGCUGCCGAGGAUGAUGAGCCUGAAGCACCAACGCACCCGGAGGAAGAGACGAGGAAUGUUGCAGAAAAUGGCAUGGAGGUCGAUCAGCCAGAUCCGGCUGCCGACUCGGCAGACAGCGGCAAGGGCAAGGGCAAGGGCGAUGAUGAUGGUGAUGACGACGAUGACGAUGACGAGUGAAUGCUCCCGGCCGUCUUGCCGAUGCAUCAUCUUGCAACUUUUCAUUGUCCAU